UCACACCAAAGUCCGCUGUAAUCUUACUAAUCUGCAUCAUCAUGCUGAGAUAUUUAGUUUUGUUAAAAGCGCACAAAAUGUAAUUACAUAUGGCACCGUGGUAUCGGUAUAGAAACACUUUCCACUAGACAUUCGAUACAGGAAUCCGCUGACCUUUGGCUGGUGUUUGGACUGAGGUAGUCUUGGUCCAACUAGAGUUUUCGUUUUUUUUAUAUCCAUUUACGUUUACAUAAUAACGACAUAAUGCAAAUUUUUUGCCAGUUUACGUUUCUACUGGCUGUUAUCAAGGUUACGCCGUCUUAUUCACAAAAUCAAGAAGGCCGUGUUAAUCUUUCUCCUGGUGUGCAAAUUUCUGGAGAUCGUUUUACGUCGGCAAAGCAGCGCGGACGUGUCGGUUACGUGUAUUAUGGGAUUCGCUAUGGAACGGCCAGACGAUUUGAGAAUUCGGUGGAAAACCAAGAUUUCUCUUACCUUCGCAAUAAUUCUCGGGUAAAAGCUGGUCCAGUUUGUCCUCAGCGUACUGUUCCGUCAAUAGAAACUGGGAUUACCGCAGUAAAUCAGAUCCAGGAUGAAGACUGUUUGUACCUGGAUGUUUAUGUACCCCCCAUGAAAAGUAACACAAGCCCGACAUCGGCGCUGCCAGUUAUGGUGUGGAUUUACGGUGGUGGAUUUCAAAUCGGCGACAAGGACGUCUACAAUUCAACAGCGUUAGCAGACGACAUCGAAGCCAUUGUCGUCACCAUUAAUUACCGAGUAUCCAUUUUUGGAUUUUUCAGUACUGGCGACAGUAUUGCCAGAGGAAACUACGGGAUAGGCGACAUCAAAUUGGCAUUACAAUGGGUCAAGAAAAACAUUGGAAAAUUCGGAGGCGAUCCACAGAAGAUUGCCAUUUUCGGAGAAAGCGCCGGUGCCGUUGCCACUUCUAUUCUUCUUCUUGACCAGACCGUCAGAAAUUCUGUUCGAGCUGUGCUCUCCUUGAGCGGCAGUGUCCUAAUGGAUCUGGUCUACACCCGCGAUCCCAAACGGGAGACCGAAGAGCUUGCUUCUAAAGCCGGUUGCCCGGUUGCCUCAUCCAGUCAACUGGUGGCCUGUUUGAAACGAAUACCGACGCAAACACUUCUUGCAGCAGCCAAAGGAUUCGCGGAACCACCCGCUAAGAACCUCUGUCCCUAUGGAAUUGUAAAGGAUGGUGUCCACUUGAAGGAUGCUCCACUUCGCGCCCUGGAGGCGGUUGCCCGUACGUCGGGAGGUGGACCAAACCAUGUGACCGGCUAUCUGCGGGAAGACUACUCGCUGCUUUUGUCCAUUACCAAUCCGGAGUUCCUUGACCCAAGAACACCACUCACACUAAAUGUGAUCAGGGAUCUCGUUGCUAAUCAGUUUAUCUUGAACCAAGGAGGUCCUAAAUGUGCCGAACCGAAUUAUGCUCUGGCUCAGGAUAUCAUGAAUUAUUACAAUUUUUCCGCCACGGACAGUCGAGCGGUAACGCUUAACAAGUUAUUCCAUUUGACGACGGAUUCCGUCUUCGCUUAUCCAGCUGCUAAGGAAUCGCUGUUAUAUGCGAAUGCGGCACGAACACGUCCAACCGGUUCCCCUUCUAACCAGCUCUACAUGAUAAGCUACAAUCCCAACUUCAACGGGCUGGGUGCCUAUCACGGAUUCGACCUUCCAAAUGUUUUCUUUCCGGCACUGCAGACACCAGGCCUCCCAAUGAAUCCACGGCUGAUCACCAGCAUGCGACAGCUGUUGCGCCAAAUUGCAUACAACGGACGAAUGAACGCUCCCGAUUUCGGCCAGAACGGACAGUACAUGGAGCUGGGGCAAUCUGCACAAUGGCAACCCGGCACGUACAACCAUUUCCCGAUGAUCCAGUUUUGGGACGCUGUAUCCAAAACUCCAUGCUCAAUGUCAAUGACGAAUGCGCAACAGGCUUGACCUUCAAGCAAGCUUUAAUGUACUGCCAUUUCCCAUGUAUGAUAGUCACGCUUGUCACGGUUUUGACAAGCCGAACACAAUUUCUUUAUCGAAUUCCACUUUUUCCGGCCGUGUUAGUUUUGCUACUGCAUCCAUAAAAUCCGGUUUUAAAUUCAUGCGCAGCAGCCGCACAGGUUAGUUAACACUGAAUUAAAUAGUC